CGCCCAACGAUGACCGCUCCCUGGCGGCGCCUCCGGAGUCUGGUUUGGGAAUACUGGGCCGGGCUCCUCGUGUGUGCCUUCUGGAUCCCGGACUCGCGCGGGAUGCCCCACGUCAUCCGGAUCGGAGGAAUCUUUGAGUAUGCAGACGGCCCCAAUGCCCAAGUCAUGAACGCCGAGGAGCAUGCAUUUCGAUUUUCUGCCAACAUCAUCAACAGGAACAGGACUCUGCUGCCCAAUACAACCUUGACCUAUGACAUCCAGAGGAUUCACUUCCAUGACAGCUUUGAAGCCACCAAGAAGGCCUGUGACCAGCUGGCACUGGGCGUGGUGGCGAUCUUUGGGCCAUCACAGGGCUCUUGCACCAAUGCCGUCCAGUCCAUCUGCAACGCCCUGGAGGUACCACACAUCCAGCUGCGCUGGAAGCACCACCCGCUGGACAAUAAGGACACCUUCUACGUGAAUCUCUACCCUGACUACGCCUCUCUCAGCCACGCCAUCCUCGACCUGGUUCAGUACCUCAAGUGGCGGUCAGCCACCGUGGUCUAUGACGACAGUACAGGGCUCAUCCGACUGCAGGAGCUCAUCAUGGCCCCAUCGAGAUACAACAUCCGCCUGAAGAUCCGCCAGCUGCCCCUGGACUCUGAUGACUCGCGCCCUCUGCUCAAGGAGAUGAAGCGAGGCCGGGAAUUCCGCAUUAUCUUCGACUGCAGCCACACCAUGGCGGCCCAGAUCCUCAAGCAGGCCAUGGCCAUGGGCAUGAUGACUGAGUACUACCACUUCAUCUUCACCACUCUGGAUCUUUAUGCGUUAGACCUGGAGCCCUACCGCUACUCGGGGGUGAACCUGACAGGGUUCCGGAUUCUCAACGUAGACAACCCCCAUGUCUCGGCCAUCGUGGAGAAGUGGUCCAUGGAGCGGCUGCAAGCGGCUCCCCGGGCCGAGUCCGGCCUGUUGGACGGAGUGAUGAUGACUGACGCUGCCUUACUGUAUGACGCCGUCCACAUCGUGUCCGUGUGCUACCAGCGGGCACCCCAGAUGACCGUGAACUCCCUGCAGUGCCAUCGGCACAAGGCUUGGCGCUUUGGUGGCCGCUUCAUGAACUUCAUCAAGGAGGCUCAAUGGGAAGGAUUAACUGGACGGAUUGUUUUCAACAAAACCAGUGGCUUACGGACUGAUUUCGAUCUGGACAUCAUCAGUCUAAAGGAGGAUGGCCUGGAGAAGGUUGGGGUGUGGAGUCCUGCCGAGGGCCUCAACAUCACAGAGGUUGCCAAAGGCCGAGGCCCUAACGUCACUGACUCUCUGACAAAUAGGUCACUCAUCGUCACCACAGUGCUGGAGGAGCCCUUUGUCAUGUUCCGGAAGUCCGACAAGACCCUGUUUGGGAAUGACCGGUUCGAGGGCUACUGCAUUGACCUUCUUAAGGAACUGGCCCACAUCCUGGGCUUCUCCUACGAGAUCCGGCUGGUGGAGGAUGGCAAGUACGGAGCACAGGAUGACAAGGGCCAGUGGAACGGCAUGAUCAAGGAACUCAUUGACCAUAAGGCAGAUCUGGCCGUGGCCCCCCUGACUAUCACACAUGUCCGCGAGAAGGCCAUCGACUUCUCCAAGCCCUUCAUGACGCUUGGUGUGAGCAUAUUAUAUCGCAAGCCCAAUGGCACCAACCCCAGUGUCUUCUCCUUCCUCAACCCCCUGUCCCCAGACAUCUGGAUGUACGUGCUCCUCGCCUACCUGGGUGUCAGCUGUGUCCUCUUUGUCAUCGCCAGGUUCAGCCCUUACGAGUGGUACGAUGCUCACCCCUGCAACCCUGGCUCUGAAGUGGUGGAAAACAACUUCACUCUGCUAAAUAGCUUCUGGUUCGGAAUGGGGUCCCUGAUGCAGCAAGGGUCUGAACUGAUGCCCAAAGCCCUGUCCACACGCAUCAUCGGUGGCAUCUGGUGGUUCUUCACGCUCAUCAUCAUCUCCUCCUACACGGCCAACCUGGCCGCCUUUCUGACUGUGGAGCGCAUGGAAUCGCCCAUUGACUCCGCUGAUGACCUGGCCAAGCAAACCAAAAUCGAGUAUGGGGCUGUCAAGGAUGGGGCCACCAUGACCUUCUUCAAGAAAUCCAAGAUCUCCACCUUCGAGAAGAUGUGGGCCUUCAUGAGCAGCAAGCCCUCGGCGCUGGUGAAGAACAAUGAGGAGGGCAUCCAGAGGACCCUGACGGCGGACUACGCGCUGCUCAUGGAGUCCACCACCAUCGAGUACGUCACCCAGAGGAACUGCAACCUCACCCAGAUCGGGGGCCUCAUCGACUCCAAGGGCUACGGCAUCGGCACACCCAUGGGCUCCCCGUACCGGGACAAGGUGACCAUCGCCAUUCUGCAGCUGCAGGAGGAGGACAAGCUGCACAUCAUGAAGGAGAAGUGGUGGCGGGGCAGCGGGUGUCCCGAGGAGGAAAACAAGGAGGCCAGCGCCCUGGGGAUCCAGAAGAUCGGGGGCAUCUUCAUCGUCCUGGCUGCCGGGCUGGUCCUGUCGGUGCUGGUGGCCGUGGGCGAGUUUGUGUACAAGCUCCGCAAAACAGCAGAGCGCGAACAGCGCUCCUUCUGCAGCACUGUGGCCGACGAGAUCCGUUUCUCCCUCACCUGCCAGCGUCGGGUCAAGCACAAGCCGCAGCCUCCCAUGAUGGUCAAGACUGACGCCGUCAUCAACAUGCACACGUUCAAUGAUCGCCGGCUUCCAGGCAAGGACAGCAUGACCUGCAGCACGUCAUUGGCCCCCGUAUUCCCCUAGGCACCAGUAGGGUGGGGACCGCAGGCCUGGGGGCAGGGUGGAGGAAAGCAAAGGAGACUGGAAGGAAUGUCCCAUGUCCCCGUGCUGGGCUUGGGGACCAGAGCUGCUGCCUGCCUAUUGGGCCAGGAGCCCUCUGCCCUUACCCACCAGGAAACCAGCAGGCCCCCUCAGGCCAGCUGCUUGGGCUUCACUCUCCUCUCGUUUCUUCUAUGGGUUUCUAAAGCUGCCAGCCGAGACAGCCAAGGCCAAAGGAAGCACAUGCCUCUCUCAGGCCAAACCUACCUGCCCCUCAACUCUCCUCUACAGUCAGAAGUUUCUACCACGGCCCUACAGAGGCCGAAGAAAAUAGACAACAGUUCUUUUAUUGCCACCUCUUCCCCAUGAGCCCAGGUCUCCUGGGGCUUGACUAUGAGUCCAGAGACACAAACCUUGGGCAUCUUAUGGAUGUGAUAGUUUGGCAGCCAGUGGAGCUGAAGAUGGAGGACGAUUACCCUACAUGCCUGGGCAGAAAGAAGACUUCAUCCCCCAGGCCAUGCUCACGUGGUCCUGAACUCCUGGACUUGGUGCCACCCAUGGCAAUCCCUGUUUUGGCAAAGUCUAAAGCAGAGAGCCCCACAGGGGAAAAGAGGAGUUUGGGGUCCGGGAGAGAAGAGAAUGCACAGAAGCCACCAUUUUAAAUUUUUACAGGCAAUGUCCAAUGGCUCCCACUUCUCUAGGUGUCUAAAGCGAGGGAGUAGUCAGAGCAAAUGCUUCUCCACUUUCUGGCCAGAGGAGAGAGGACCCCCUGAAUGUCUCACAAAGGAUGCCCAGAGAUUCAGCCAGUAUUUG